UAUAAAAAAAACUUUUGGCAACUCACAAAUCAGACUCAACGCAAUACACAACUCAACUCAAUUUACUGAUAUUUACUACGAGCGUGCGUGGUGCGGUGGUAGCGUACACGUUUGUUAAAUUUUUCAUAAAAAGUUAAAUUAAAAAUUGAAAAAUGGUUGCCCAAAAAAAGAGCAAAAAAGCAUUGGAGAGUAUCAAUUCCAGACUAGCCCUUGUGAUGAAAUCUGGAAAGUAUGUUCUAGGAAACAAACAAACACUUAAAGCUUUAAGACAGGGAAAAGCUAAACUAGUAAUCAUCGCCAACAACACCCCUCCAUUAAGGAAAAGUGAGAUUGAAUACUAUGCUAUGUUGGCCAAGACUGGUGUACAUCAUUAUUCAGGAAGCAAUAUUGAACUUGGUACAGCUUGUGGAAAAUAUUUUAGAGUGUGUGCAUUGAGCAUUACUGAUCCAGGUGAUUCCGAUAUUAUUCGAACUAUGCCUACUGAGCAACAAUGAGAUCUUUCAUUUUAAAUAAAUAAAAAAAUUUAAAGACA